AACACUUUACGACACUGUUGACAACUGAGGCUUUCGUUGUAUCAAGUGGGCACCUGCUGCUCGUGCGUUUUAUGUGUAGUUAUGAUUUAAUUUUCCACCGCAGCUGUCAUUAAAUGAGUGUUUUUGAUUUAUUCCGCGGGUUCUUCGGAGUACCUGGAGGCCAGUAUCGUGGCCGACGGGACCCCUUCUUUGAUGCUAUGACUCGUGAUGACGACGACGACGAUGAUGAUGACGACGAUGAUGACCAAGAAGAUGGAUUCUACUAUGAUGGCUUCCGGGGGGACCAGCAGGACCCCUUUGACAGUGCCUUGAGGUUUGGCUUCAGCGUUGGCCCCAACGGGAUGAGGAUCCAGGAGCCUCCAGUCUUUGGCCACGUCUUCAGGGAGAUGGAGGAGAUUUUCUCCCAGCUGGGCCGCUGGGAAGGACAGCCAGGGUCUGGACAAGAUGGUGUUCCCAGCAUCAUGCCACCACCUCGGGACGGAGAAGAGAGGUUCGAAAGGGGAUCCAGUGGAAACCCCCUGAGAGAUUUUAUGCUCAAAUCCCAAGACAGCGAUCCACAAGGACCCCAAGCAGGCCCACCCAGAGAGCCCAGAAAUGAUGGCCACCCUUCCUAUGAGUCGCCAGAGAUUCCCAGCUCACCGUUCCAUGGCUGGACUCCUUUUUCAAAGUUUAAUGAUAUUUUGAGAAAGGGGCAACAUAAAGGUCCAGAGGAGGAGCGCAAAGAAGACCGAGAUCUGGACUCUGCAGUGUCCUCUCAGGGUCUGAAUCAGAUUCUGACACCACCUGCUGGCCAGGAACCGAACCAACCCAGGACCCGAUCAUUCUUCCAGUCAGUCACCGUCACCAAGGUGAUGAAACCUGACGGGACUGUAGAGGAGCGGCGAACAGUUAGAAACAGCCAAGGCAAAGAGGAGAUCACAGUGACCCGGUCAGGGGGUCCCGGUAGCCUGGAAGGACCAGACCAUCAGACUGGAUCUGUCAUACCAGGUGGACAGAAUCCUUUUUCGGACAUGCGGGAUGAUGACUCAUUAUUUUCCAAGUUCUUUGGGGGAUUUAAAUAAGAUGUGAAGUGAAAUAUAUUCUCUGGACGGGUUGAACGUAGCGUUUUGUUUCGUUUCAGUCUAUGAGUGUUUCUCUAGAGCUGUGAGUUUGCAUAUUUGUAGGAUAUAUACAUAAUGUGGACAGAACACUUGCAUGACCUACAAUUGCCAAAAUGAAUGUGUUGGAUUAUCGUUUCUGGGCUGUUUUUAAAGUAACACCAGAGUUUCCUACUGACCACGUACCUGUAGACUAUAAACUGCCAAUCCCGAAAGACUCGUGAUUCUGACAGUUUGAGACACAUCCCUCACUAAACAGUUCACAAUUCCAUAUUUUAUUUUUUGAAUUCUCUGUAGGAUACGUUUGUAUGAAUGUGAGUGUGUGAUAUGUCAAAUAAAGAGAGAGAGUCUUAAUAUA